AUGAUAACUGCAAUAUUUGGUGGGUUCAAUGCGAAUACUCGAAAUGAUAAGGAAGUACCCACUAACGUUGAUAUGUUGGAAUUUGAUGAUACCGAUAUAACUUCUCAAGAGGAUACUACAGCUGAUAGUGAAGUUCAGAUAGGCGAUUUGGAUGUAUCUUUAAACCAUUCAAAGGUUGAUGAUGAGCCAUUCCUAAAUUUGGAUGAUCAGGGUAGUAACAACAAUAAUAAUGAAACUUAUAGUAUUCUAAAUAUGUGUGAAAUGUCAAUAGAUGAUUUAAAUGAAAUUGAUGUCAUUAAUGGUAGAAAAAUUGAAGAACCGUUUAACCUUUUAGACGCCUCCAAGUUAGAAUCAAAUAUCAUGCCUGCAAGUUCAGAUCAUUAUGCGCAUUCUUAUGAUAGAUAUGGUUUUAGGAAAGCAAGUAAAUAUAUUACUGAAGAAGAAUAUGAUAAGUGGUGGUCAAACUAUUCAUAUUCAUGUAGCAAAAAUAAAAAUAAAUGGGAACGAUUUAUGUCGAAUAAUGGCUUGCCAGUUAUAAAUGAUACACCAAAGAAAUUUCCUGCAAAGAAUGACAAAUUGAAAAAACUAGUCCGAAAAGGUGUGCCUGCGGAAUGGAGAGGUGAUGCUUGGUGGGCUUUUGUAAAUGGUGAUGAUUUAUUAAACAAAAAUAAAAAUCUAUACAUGAAGCUAUUACGGGUAGUAUCCCAGCUAGAUGAGUUUAAAAAUAGGAAUGAUAAAAAUGCUGACCAUAAAUAUUUACCUGAACUAGAUGUCAUCGAAAGAGACCUUAAUAGAACAUUCCCAAACAACCUACAUUUCCAACGUGAACCUUUCCAAAUUUCAGAUCCUCCAAUGAUUAAGUCGUUAAGAAAUGUGCUUGUUGCCUUCGCAAUAUAUUGUCCCAGUAUCGGUUAUUGUCAGUCUUUGAACUUUAUAGCAGGGUUGCUAUUGCUAUUUCUGGACGAAGAACGAACUUUCUGGAUGUUAGUUAUCAUAACCUCAACAUUUCUUCCAGGAGUUCACAAUUUUGAUUUAGAAGGUGUAAAUGUAAAUCAGGGAGUAUUAAUGUUAUGUGUUAAAGAAUUUUUGCCUGAAAUAUGGCCUUUUAUUGAGAAAAAUUAUAAUCAUGAUAAGAAAAAACCUCUGCAUUUACGAAGGACAAACGAAUUUCUACAUAAAUUACCCUCGAUUGUGUUAUGCACAACAAAUUGGUUGAUGAGUUGUUUCGUAGGUACCUUCCCAAUUGAAACUACGCUACGUGUUUGGGAUUGUUUAUUCUAUGAAGGAUCGAAUUUUUUGUUUAAAAUUUCAAUGAGUAUUUUGAAAUUAAAUGAAUGUCAUUUUAUGAAGAAUAAUGAUAAUGGUAGAACAAUAUAUCAUUUUUCAAUACGGAAAUCUAAUGUUAAUGAAGUGAAUCGGUCUAAUGGAACAAUGCCAAUAGAAGAGAUGGAAGCAGAAAUAUUACAAUCCCUCCAAACUUCCCCUAAAAAGUAUUUAGAUCCCGAUGUUUUAUUUGACAAAACAAUAAUGAAAAGACGAAUGGCAUUCAAUAAACUAGAUCAAGAUACAAUCGAUACCUUGAGAAAAUAUGUUACUUCGCAAAGGUUGAAGUAUAAGAAAUACAGUAAGCUUUUUGGUUUAAAUUAUGACACGAAACAAAACUCUUCAUCAAAGAAUGACAUUUAUUCAGAUCCCUCUGUUUUGCCAAAAGAAACAAUAAACGAAAUGGCAUUAGAAGAAAUAGAUGAGUUCAAAACAAAAUUAGAUGGUGACUUUCCGGACAAAGAUGUAAAAAUAGGUUUAAACAACAAGCAAAGGAUGCAUUCAUUGCCGUAA